CGUAUAAAUGGAUGACAAUAAGUCUUAACAAACAAUACAAGUGCACCCUUACACGCACAAGGAGUCAAAGAGAGUUGAAUAUCAUUUACCGGCAGUAGUAAUACAGGACGAAAGAAGCAAAUUAAUUGGAUUGGAAACUCCGAAGCGAACACUUAGAAAUAACAAGCAAAUGCUAAAGGCCUGUCAGACAACGAGUAAAAUAAAAAAAAUCUCCAAAGGAAAUUUUGUAUUUUAAGAAAAACAAUUUUGGAUAGUUAAGUUAAUACACUGAAAAGAAGGGCGCAAUGGCUGAUGAUGGCGGGAACCCGGAAAAGGAAACCGAUAAAAAAAUAAUUCAUGUAUAUCCUUUGGUAAAGCACUCGGAUAUGAACGAGGAAAUGCGCACCGAGGCAUUGGAAUUAACUAUAACUGCUUGCGAGAAGUACGCAUCUAAUUAUGAACAAGCUGCCCGUGUCAUAAAAGAAACAAUGGACCAAAAAUUCGGCAUUUACUGGCAUGUUGUAGUCGGCGAAGGAUUUGGCUUCGAAGUCACUUAUGAGACAAAAAAUAUACUCUAUUUGUUUUUCGCCGGCAAUUUGGCCAUAUUGCUAUGGAAGUGCUCUUAAACUUAUCAUCAUCCACCCAAUGUUGUUGUUUUUUAACAAUUAAAUAUUUUAGUUUGUUUAAAACGAUAAUCAUAUUAAAACAAAAACCGAAAACGCCUUAAAAAGAUAGUCCAAAACCAAAGAAAUCAGAUAGCGCUAAUGGUGUAUAUGUACCUACAUUUUUAUUGUAACUCAAAAUUACGUCCUUACAAACAGGAUAUUUUGCAAACAUAAACAAAUAAACAAAUCUGUUGUUAAGGGAAACCACAAACACCCAACAAGUAACAAGCAAAUGAGGUAAUACAGCAUACAUAAGCAUCAAAUAAACCACCAAUUGUAUUAUCGAAUAAUCAAACUUUACAACGAAAAUAAAUAUGUUUUUUUAAUUAAAAAUCAUAUUUUUUGAAA